AUGUACUUUAUGUUCCUUUCCGAUUUUAGCAGUCAUGUGCUGCUGCAGAGAGAAAGAUUUUCUUGUUUGGAAGCCCUCGUAACGACCUCUAAGAGCUCAAGAUUUACUGAUGAAACAGAGCUUUUGAAGAUGUCAGAGAGACAUUUAGGUCAGACUUGUACUGGCGCAGAAAAUGAGGUGGGCUCUCCUGUCAAUUUCAAGUAUUCCUGCUUCAGAGAUUUUUGUUCCACAUCUUCAUUUCAAGAUAGUGGCUACAAUGAGUUGUUACAACCUUGUAACAUUGAGAAUACGGAUAAAGAAUUGUCUGGAAAGAAAGGCAAAGGCCCACCAUUAAUCCAUGAACGUCCUGAAACUUCAAAUCUGGGCUUGACUCAUCUUUUAGAAUCUCCAACUCAAAAAAGGAGAGGUGUCUUUUCUAGGAAGGAAAAGGAGAAAAGCCCCGAACUUUGCGAAACUCCUAAAGUCAGUGGGAAAAAAUCUUUACUGCGCAGAAGGCUGGACAUAUCUUUCUCUUUUCUAACGGAGGACUUUGAACCACAAGAUAGUUCUUUAGAAAGUAGUAGGAACCAAGUUCUCAACUUAGAAAAAAAUAUUCCAAGCUGUGUUUCAGGUCUUCCAUGGCAAAACAGUUUUAGUCCUUUGGUUACUAGUACUUUGAAAACAGAAGAAGCAACUUCUAGCAGUCAAAAAUUGAGACUUAAUUUUUCUCAGCAGAAGACUUCCACGGUUGAUGAUUCCAAAGAUGACUGUAGCCUGUUUGAAGUUGAAUGUAUAUCUCCAAUUCAGGGCAAUAGUUUUAAAGACUCUAUCACAUAUGACCUUAGCGAUAGCAGUCUGUUUGUUAAUGACGAGAAUACAUAUCCCAGACCUCUGGGUUCCUCUGUUAGUGGAACAACGUGUGGGACAGAUGAGGACAUUUGGGUGACUCCGAUAAGUAAUCUUGUAGCAAACAUUAAAUUUAAUGCAAGCCAAAGGCUCUCUCCUUCAACUAAAGUGAGGGGCAAUAUUUCAACACCUGAAGACAGUGGUUUUAACUCACUUUGCUUGGAAAAAUCAGAAGAUUCCCUCUCUGACCAGGAGGGAUCUUUUCAAGAACAUCAGAAACAUAAGGAAACUGUCAGAGUGGGGAGCACCAUAAAAAAGUCAAGGCAUCUUAGAAGGCUGAGAAGAUUGUCCACCCUUGAGGAGCAAGGCUCUCAAUCUGAGACAGAAGGGGAAAAGCAGACUGACCAGUCUGACUCUAAAGCAACACCAGCGGCUGCUUCAGACACCUCAGAGAGUCAGCUGAGCAGUGACACUAAGGUUUUAAGCUUUAAGGAUUUAUCAAAGACCCCCGCCUUGCAGUUAGUGCAUGAGCUCUUCAUGAGAAACAAAAGAAAAAGAUUCCAGCAGAAUGGUGCACAUGAAUUCUUAGAAGAAAGGGAUGGGGGGCAAAUAGCUGUACUACAGUAUGUACUUACAGGACUGAUUGGCAAGAAAAUGGGUAUAGAAAAACUGGACAUCUUAACAGAAUUAAAAUACAGAAAUUUAAAGCAUAUUCUUGCUAUGGUUUUAGAUUCCUUGACUGCAGAAAGCCUAUUCAGUGUUUGGAAAGUAAGCAGAAGUUGGCGUGAAAUUAUUGUUCAAGAUAAGAAUGCAAAUCGGAGGAGGAAAUUUUAUAUCUCCCAACUGAAAACAGAUUCUGAGGAGGCUAUCUUAAAUGUAGAGGAUGCUGCCACGCGGCUCCAUCUUUUAAAUCGAUCAGCUUUAAGAUCUGUACAAGCUCAGGCUAGGAUACCAGGUUUUCAGAAAGAACAAGUUUCAACAUUUUCUCCUUGGGGAGAAGUUUUGACGCCUAUAGCAAGCUCUUCUGUUACUCACUUAAGUAGUAAACAGGAAGAAUAUGUUAAGGUUGCCAAAACACUUUUUAUUGAUGAAGCAUUAAAACCUUGCCCAAGAUGCCAAUCCCCUGCUAAGUACCAGCCGUAUAAGAAAAGGGGACUGUGUAGCCGCACAGCCUGUGGUUUUGACUUUUGUGUGUUAUGUUUGUGUGCUUAUCAUGGGUCUGAAGAAUGUAGUAGAGGAGCAGCAAAGCCAAGAAAUAGAAAAGAUGCUCUUCCAGGAAGUACCCAGAGUAAACGGAAUUUAAAACGUCUUUAAAGAGACUUUAACCAUAAAAGAAGCAUCCCCUCUAAACGAUGUUUUGUCUGACUUAAAAUUAUGAAUAUUUUGAAAGUACGCAAAUUUUCCCAUU